AUGGAAAUACUUAAAAAUCAAUAUUUGUUUAGAAAAAUAUUUUAUUUUGUAAAAUAUGAUAGACCAAAUUUAAUAUCAAUUUAUUCAAUUUUAAAAGAAAGUAAAAAUAAAAAUAAAAAUCUAAUGAAAGAAUUAGUAAAAGAAAAAAUUUUAAAUAAUAAUUAUUUAAUUUUUGAAAUUCCUAAAAAUCUAUCUAAAGGAUUUCAAUCAUAUGAAGAUUUUAAUGAAGAUAAAUCUGAACCAGAUGUAAUUCAAAUAUUAAUUGAAACUUAUAAAAAUGAAAACCAAUUUUUUUUUAAAUCCUUAUUUUCAAAUUAUUCAUUAUAUUUCAUUACAAAACAACCAACAAAUAAUAAUAAUAAUAAUGAAAAGAAACAAUUUGAUAAAUUAGUUAGAUUUAUAUUGAAAAGUAAAUCUAAAUCAGCAUUAAAAGUAUUAAUUAAAUAUCAUGAAUUUAAACCAAAUAUUGAAACAUUUAAUAUAUCACUAUUGGUUAAUUCAUCAAAAGAAAUUGUUAAUUUAAUAUUGCCACAUUUAAAUCAAAAAGAAUACGAAGAAAUUAUAUCAACUAAAAAAUGGAAUGAAGUUUUAAAAGAUAAAGAUAUAAAAUUUAAAUUAUUAAAUUAUUUAAAUGAAAAGUUUAAAAAUAAUGAAAAUAAUGAAAAUAAUGAAAAUAAUAUUAAAUUACCAAAUUAUUAUAGAGAUCCAUAUGAUCAAUCAAAUUUAUUAAAUCAAAGAAGACCACCUUUAAGUUUUGGAAGAUUUAUUAGUACUUGUAAAUAUAUGGUAUUACAUCCAAAUUUAUCAUCAUUUAUACAACAAUCACCAACUAUUGAAGAAUUGGAAAUUUUUAAAUCUCAAUUUACAAAAUCAGAAUUAAAAUUAACAUUACCAAAUUUAUUUUUAAAAAAUCAAAUUUACAAAGAGAAUGAAUCAAUUAAAAAGUUGUACAAGUUUUAUAUAGAUUAUAAUAAUGAAUCAAGUUUAAGAUAUAAUAUUAUUUAUAAUGUUGAUGAUUUUGAUUUAAAUAAAGAAAGCAUUCAAAUUAAUAUUGAAUUUAGUAAAGGAGUAAAAUCAAUUAGGUCUUUAUUUAAUUUAUGUUUAGAUUUUGCAAAUUUUAGAUUUUUAAAUCAAUGGUUUAAUGCAGAUUCAAUAAAUGCAAGUUUAAAUGAUGAAACAACUAUAUUUUCAAAUUGUGAAAAAGAUGAAAAACAGAAAUUAGAUUUCAUAAUGAAUGUUUGUAAUUUUGGUCCAUUGGUUUUAUUUCUUUUAUUAAUUAGAUAUGAUAAUAUUGAAAUUUUAUCAAAAUAUAUAGAAAAGGUAAAAAAGACAAACAAUAAUGGUAUUAGUAGUUUUGGUAGUAGUAGUGGUAGUAGUGGUGGUAGUAGUGGUGGUGAUGGUAGUGGUGAUAAGGAUUUAUCACCAAGAAUAACAGAAUACAUUGAUAUUUUUAGAUUUUAUACUUUCUCAUACAUAAAAUCAAUUGAAAUGUUAGAAUAUUUAUUUAAUAAUGGUUUUAAAGAUCAUUUAUUGGAUCCAAAAACAUCAAUACUUUAUUUAAAUGGUAGAAUUGAUUUAUUAGAAAAGUUUAAAGACUUAUUAUUAUCAGAUACAAAUAUUAUGAAAGAUUCAAAUUUAGUUUGUGGAUUAUUUACAAAAGUUGAAAAUAAUAAAGUUCCAUUGGUUGUUAUAAAUUAUAUGGUAAAUGAACCAACUGGCUUUUUCAAAUCAAAAUAUACUUUCAAUAAUUUAGAAUCAUGGUUAAAUCAAGUUAGAUCAGAUUCAGAUUUACAAAUUAUUAAAGACUUAAUAAACAAAUCACCAUUAAUUAAAAAUUUAACAUAUACUUAUAGAAUAACAUUAUUGGUUGAUCAAAAACAUCAAAUUGAAUUAUUUAAUUGGAUUUAUGAAUAUAGAAAUGAUGAUAUUUUCAAAAGUGGUAUUUGUAGAUUAUCAAUCAUAAAAUAUUGUAACUUUUUAUUCCUUUCACAAAGAUUCGAUGAAUUAUUUAAAAUUCAAUUUUUUUCACAAAUGGUAAUUGGUAAAACCAACUUUCACGAUAGUAACAAACCAUUAUUAUAUUAUUUAAAACAACAAAAUGGAGAAAUUGAUAAUUCAUUACUUGAAAGUCAUAAUUUUGGUUCAACAGCUGAUGAAAUGGAUUUAAUUUCAAAGUCUGUAGGUAAAUUAGAAGAUAAUGGAUCAAUUAAAUUUGUGCAAUUAUUAAUUGAAAACUAUUUACCAUUAUUAAAUAAUGAUUCAAGUUUGUCAAAAUUACCAAAAAUUAAAUCAUUUUUAUUUAAUGUAUUUCAAAGUUGUGCAGAUUCUGGUAAAAUUGAAAUUUUUAUUUAUUUAAAUUCUAAUUAUCAAAAUAUUUUAUCUCAAUGGUUAUUAGAUAUAAAUUUAAAUAUAAUUUCUCAUAGAUAUUUAAAAAAUUAUUUAUCAAAAAUAAUAAACAAAUAA